AGCAUUUUUCAAAAAUUGCUCCUGUCAUUUUGCCUAUUUGUUUACAUUUUAAAUGGAAAUGAUUUUGUUGGAUGUUUUGUAUAAAGUUUUUAUUUAUUGAAUUUCCCCCAAAAAAUGCUCUGUUUCUCAAAAUCCAGUGAAUGUGGAUAGAGUAAAACAGUUAUUCCACUCAAUCUCGUCGUACAUGGUUUAUAGGCAACUUAGCGCUACGCAUCUCAUCAGCUGUCAGCUCAUGUACGACUCGAUUUCGUGGAAUAACUGUUACUAAAAAUAUACGACAGUCAGUGUACACAGAGUGUAGUGAGGUAGUGCAAACAGGAGUCUGUUACAGGAGGUACAAGUGGUGCGAUAGUCUCAUGGUAAGGAUGGUUCAGGUCAGAUAUUUAUGGCGCUGAUGGCACGGGGAAAGAAGCUGCUCUUAUGUCUGGUGGUUCUGGGUCUCAGUGCUCUAUAGCGCCUGCAGGAGGGGAGGAGGUGGAAAAGGUUGUGACCAGGGUGUGAGGAGUCCUCAUGAUUUUCUUUGCCUGGUUCAUGAGAUGUAUAAAUCCUGGGGGCUGGGCAGGGGAGCACCGAUGAUCCUUUCUGCUGGUCUUACUGUUCGCUGCAGUAUGUUCUGCACCGAACCAGACUGUGAUGAAUGUGCACAGAACAGAUUCAGUGACAGCAGUGUAGAACUGUGUCAGCAGCUCCUGUGACAGACCAUACUUCCUGAGUUGCCGCAGAAAGUACAUCAUCUGCUGGGCUUUUUUUAAGGAUGGAGUUGAUGUUGGAAUCCCAUUUCAAGUCUUGUGAGAUGGUAGUUCCCAGGAAUUUGAAGGUCUCCACAGUUGACACAGGGCUGCUGGAUAUUGUGAUGGGGAGCAUCACAGAGGGGCGUCUCCUGAAGUCCACUAUCAUCUCCACUGUCUUGAGCAUGUUUAGCUCCAAGUUAUUCUGACUGCACUAGAGCACCAACCGUUCAACCUCCCACCUGUAUGCAGACUCGUCACCAUCUUGGAUGAGGCCUGUGACCGUAGUGUCAUCUGCAAAUUUCAGGAGUUUUACAGUUGGGUCUAUGGAGGUGCAGUUGUUGGUGUAAAGGGAGAAGAGCAGUGGGAGAGCACACAUCCCUGAGGAGCACCAGUGCUGAUUGACUGUAUGCCAUAAGUGACUAGCCCCAGCCUUACUUGCUGUUCCCUGCCUGUCAGGAAGCUGGUGAUCCACUGACAUAUGGCAGGUGAGAAAUUGAGCUGGGACAGUUUGGAGGAGAUGAUUUCUGGAAUUAUGGUGUUGAACGAUGAGCUGAAGUCUACAAACAGGAUUUUUGCAAAGGUCCCUGGGCAGUGAAGAUGUUGCAGGAUGUAGUGCAGUACCAUGUUGACUGCAUCAUCCAUUAACCUGUUUGCCCUGUAAGCAAACUGCAGGGGUUCUAGCAGGUGACCUGUAAUGUUCUUUGGGUGGGCCAACACUAGUCAUUCAAAGGACUUCAUGACCACAGAUGUCAGAGCGAUAGGCCUGUAGUCAUUUAGUCCUGUGAUGGAGGGUUUCUUGGGGACUGGAAUGAUGGUGGAUCAUUUGAAACAGGAGGGGACUUGACACAGCUCAAGGGAUCUGUUGAAGAUCUGUGUAAAGAUUGGAGCCAGUUGGCCAGCACAGGCUUUAAGACAGGAGGGGGAGACUCCAUCUGGGCCUGAUGUAUUCCUGUUUUUCUGACUCUGGAAGAGCCAUUUCACGUCCUCUUCACACACCUCGAGUGCAGCCUUAGCAUCAGGGGAGGGUGGUAGGAGGGUUGCCAAGGGUGUGAUAAGGGCUGUUCUCUUGUGAUGAGGGCUGGGACGGGUUAAUGCGUUCUUCUCAAACCUGCAGUAGAAGGCAUUCAGGUUGUCAGCCAAGGUCUGUGUUUCUGGCCUGCUUGUACAGGAUCCUGUCCCCACUUCUGUAGGCAUUCUCUUUGGCCUGUCAGAGUUGCCUUAGUCUAGAUGUGAACCAUGGUCUAUUAUUGUUGUAAGUGCAGUAGGUCUUGGUUGGUACACACGUCUUCACAAAGCUGAUAGAGGAUGUUACAUUGUCUGUCAGUUCAUCCAAGUUGUCAGUUGCAGCUUCAAAAACACCAAUCAGUACAGUCUAAACAGUCUUACAGUUCAUGUUUUACCUUGCUGGUCCACUUCUUCACAGUUUUCACCACAGGUUUUGCAGAUUUUAAUUUCUGCCUGUAGGUUGGGAUGAGAUGGACUAAGCAGUGAUCAGAGAGCCCCAAAGCUGCACAGGGGACAGAGCAAUAUGCUUUCUUUAGAGUUGUGUAGCAGUGAUCCAGGAUACUGUUAUUAUCUCUGCUGGGACAGUUAAUAUGCCUGUAUAUAUUUUGGCAGUUCCAGGUUUAAUUUUGCCCUGUUAAAGUCCCCAAGAAUUAUGAAAAGUGCAUCUGUGUGUUUUCAUUCCCAGCUGCCUAGCUAAUCAGCCAGGGUUUGCAGAGCAUCAUCCACGCUGACCUGGGGUGGGAUCUAAACACCAACCAGGGUGAAGGAAGAAAACUCCCGCAGUGAAUAAAAUGGCUUGCAAUUUAGGAACAGUAGCUCCAAAUUCGGGCUGCAGUAUUUAUUAAGCACUGUGACCUCUGCACACCAACCUUCAUUUAUGUACAAGCAAAUUCCGCCACCAAAUUCUUUUUCCCCGAUAGCUCUGCUACGCGAUCCGCUCUGGAUAAGUGAAAACCCGAGAGCAGUAGACCACUGUCAGGGAUUGAAUCACUAAGCCAGGUCUCAGUGAAACAGAGGGCAGCAGAACAUCCAAAGUCCUUUGUCGUUCCAUUGAGAAGAAGCAGCUCAUCCAUUUUGUUGGGCAGGAAGCAAAGAUUCGCCAGGUGGAUUGAUGGAAGCGGAAUACUAAAACCCCGCAUACAGAGUUUCACGAGCGCACCGGCCCGCUUACCCCUUCUGCGUCUCCUCCAUGUCCCAUAGAGCGCCGCUCCUCCAACUAAAAUUUCCUUAAGAAAACUUCCAGUGUUUGUGAAGUUAGGUGAAAAGUUAUCUGGCGUGAACUGCCUGAUGUUAAGCCAUUCUUCUCUGAUGUAAGUGAUUGUAUGUCUGGCAAUUCAAACCCAUAGAAUAAACAAAAUGCUAGAGAGCGCAGUGUCAAGGCUGCUGUCAGUGGCGCCAUCUUAAAAGGAAAAAUAAAUAAAUCUUUAACUUAAAGGUAGACUGCCUUUCAGAUUUUUCAAGUGUAGGUCAUAAAAAGAAUUUUCCCUGACACCCAGUUCAUUUGUUUAGUGGACCAAAAGCUACUGAAUUCAAAUCACAGAUUUCCAAUUUUAUGAGUGUUUUUUUUUUUAAACUAGAACAAUUAAUGAAUUUUGGGCCAUGUGGCCCUAAAUUCUCUGCUACUUUUUCCUGCUUCACCAUGACCCAAUUGAAGAUACUACAUCAUGCAUCACGUGGUGGGCUUUCCUCAUUUGUGCAAGGCAUUGUGGGAUACAAAUUUGAAACGGGAGAGAAAAUUGGAGGACGAGUAUGCGAAUGAAACAUGAAAGACUGACUAUGGUAACGGAAAGUGAGAAGAAAAAACGUUAUGUUGCGAAGGAAAGGAAACGCAGGACCAAACUAAUAAAUAUUGGCAGUCAGCGAGCACCUCGGUGUGAUCAGCUGUUUGUUUAGCGACAGAAUGAUGUAACUGUCAGUGCACGGUCAAAGGUAAACCUGUAGAUGGCAGUAAUGCAACACUGUGGAAGCCAGCUACCGUAAAACCCAAAAGAAGAAGACGAUGGUAAACCUAAGCAUGUGCACACGGACUUCCUCUGUGUGCUUGACUGUGCAAAGCAAGCGAUUUCAUACGCAUUAUUUGCUCGGGAAUCCCCUCAAAUUAAAUAACUUUCCAGCCACAGAAUGGCCUGAUAUUUUGUAGAGAUAUUACAGAAAUAAACAUGUAUCAUAAUGACCAAAUUUCAGAGUGAACUAAAUUUCACUGAUUUUUAUGAAAUUGAAAGGCCGUCUAGCUUUAAAAAAAAUACCCCGCAGCUUAGCUGGUUAAUGUUUACCUGUUGACAACUGUAAAAUUAUUCUGUGAUAUACCAGUAACUUGUCUUUUGAUUUUUUUUUCCCCACCUCCAACGAGAAAUACCUUGUUUAGAGCAAACACUUCUCUCUGCUCUGUAUUUGAUUACAUGUUGAUCAGUAGGUUGAACAGGUAGGAUGGAGCUUCAGAAGAUUAUUCAUGAUGCACUGUAUGAUUUCGUCCGAUCACACAUACCACAUGCAGAUCUGAGCACCUUGGACGAUGUGCUCCUUUCCUACAUCACUGGUGUGCUGGAAGAUUUGGGCUCUCAAGCAAGCGUUGAAGAAAACUUUGACAUUGAGGUGUUUGUUGAGAUGCUUGAAGCUUACAUUCCAGGAUUUUCCAACAUUGAUUGUGUUCAGGUCUGCGAAAUGAUGUUUAGUUUGGCUUCAAAAUUAGCCUCGGCACGAAAUGAAGAGUCUUUUGAAUUGAAGACAGAAGAAGGGACUUGUUCCUUGACUCUUGAUACAGACCAAAGAGUCGCCAUGCAAAAGACACACAGCCACUCAUCACAUGUAGAGGGAGCUACAGCCAAGGUGAGCACUUCAGAGUGGGAUGAGCAGGAACAGCACCUUCUGGAGAUGUUUCCUAAGUGUAGUGUGACUGAAGCCAGAAGUGCAUUAUCUAUUGCUAAAGGAGACAUGGAGGAAGCUGUUCGACUCAUCAUUGAAGGAGAUGUACAACUCAGUCCCACUCCUCCCCUCAGUGGAAGCCAAGGGAAGACUGUUUGUGCACAGGCUGAUGAGAAGCUGAAAGCAAAUAUUUUAGAAAAAUACAUGUUGGUAGAUAGUGAGGAGGAUAAGAAAAUACACAGACCGUUCAUUCCAAAAGAUGCUCCAAAGAAGUUGGUGCGUUACCAUGGUAAUCAGGUGGUGACUACCAAGGGAGAGCGCUACCAUCUGGUCAAGAAAGAUGAAACUGAGGAAAUGAAAAAGACUUACGUUAGUCUUAAACCAGCACGCAAAUACCGCUUUCAUUGAUGUCUGUACAAUUACACAUCUGGUUUUUAAAUUUUAUUUAUGACAGGAAUGAUUUGACCUGUAUGUGAGCUUUUAUGUGAGUUAAUAUUUUUUUUAUAUUUUUUAUCUCUUUUUCUUUUUGGAGUAUGGAUGAAUCGGACUGUGUUCACUUCUAACUGCACUGGCCCAAUCAAAUCUUUACAACGAUUUGGUUUAGGGACGUCUUUACUUUUUGUUGUAUUUAGGUAAAUUGUACUUGUUUUAAUUUAUGUACCAAUACCAGUUCCAUUUCACCCCUCCUAACUGCCCCAGGGUGUUUUUUUUUUUUAAACCAAAAAAAAAACAACAAAAAAAAUGGAUGCUUGUGUGUGUGUGUGUGUGCGUGCGUGUGCACCCAUAUAUUCUGCGACCUUCCACAGUCACAUAGUGGCAGCCAUCCUCCCCUUUUUCUUCUUCAUGUACACGGGGCCAUCUAUCUGCUUAUCAGCUUGUGACCAUAAUCAGAGCUACAGGUGACUUGUUCUCCAAAGUAAGGCACAGCCUCCUCUCGUUCUCUUCUACCUUGGUGAGUGUACUUCCUGUAUAUUGUGAGUAUUUUUCAUGGAAUGUUGAAGCGCACCAUCAUGUUCCUCAUUCGCAUUACUACCUUGUAUCACUCACCACAUUGAUCACUACCUUAUAAAGGCCACGUUAUAUGCUAUAUACCGAACUACCAGGCUGCUACUCCGCAAGGAUGUAGUGUCUGACCCUGGACAUUCUCUGUGCUGACUGGAACAAUCUUGAUGUCGACAUAAACUGGCAGAUUUAGUCCUUGGCCCAAGCCCUGUAGCGUAUACAGCUCGCUAGGUGCAAAACACCCACAUCUAGCAAUGACUGAUAAGCAUAGCAGAAAGCAAUCUGAGUUGUUCUCUAAGUGAAUGAACAACUUGGCAGCAGACAUGGCUCUGCUAAAAGCAUUGAUUCAGGAACUGAGGCUCCAAGUUUUCAACAGAGCUCUCCUUACACUCCAAUGACCAGUCAUCCUUUCCCUUCCUUAGCAGAGGAGCACAAGGAAGCUGUGUCCAUCCUGUGCUGGAGGCUGACUUGCUAGUGAUCAUUUUAGCUAAAAAGAGUUGGAGAAUUACAUGCUCUUGCAAUAAGCUGACUUUUCACAUGUCAAUGACGAGAUGAUUCCGGAAUGACCUUGUGUUUGAAUCUAGGAUUUCUGCCUGAGGUCAUGUAACACCAAUUGUUGUAUUGGUUGUUUGACCUUGCAGCCUUCAAUGAAGGUAGACCUGCUUGCUGGUACACGACCUACAGUAUUGUCAAAACCGGAUGGUGUCCACCUGAUCCAUAGAGAAAAGACACCCCUGGUGUAAACAGAGACUGACCUAUAGGUUGGCAGGCGUCGUCGCCAUGGCCUAUAAAAGGGUGGAAACCCAGCCUCGGUUGUGAUGUGGCACUCUACCAGGAGGGUCUCCUUCUCUUUGGGUAUUAUUUAGAGGCCGAUCUCAGAAAUCUGUGCUGCUACUGGUACUACUACCUGGAUGUCACCAUGCACCUUCUCUAGCUUCUAUAAUCUUACACCGUUGGUGUGAGUGCCAAGGUUAUCUCUGAGCACUGUUGAGGAUAGUCCUGUCCAUGACAUUGUUGGCAUAUGUUAUCCGGGUGAUUUCCACCCCUGGUGGUUAGGUAGGAUGAACCCCUGGUGGUUAGGUAGGAUGAAUUCUAGUUACAGUUGUGCUUUUAUGGAUCCUAAAUAAACGCCAAGGUUCCUUGUACCAGCUCAGCGAGAUGGUUCCAGACAAAGAUGGCUGUAUUAUUGUGGGAUUUAUUGUAAAUACUCCAUUAUACAUCACUAUGUGACUUUGAAAGGUCUUGGCACACACUUAAAGGAACAGUCCACCAUA